AUGACUCAUUCUUCAACCUUCCUCCUCCCUUAUCCUCCCGCCGACAACGGCGAUGCGUCGACGUACGUCCUCGUCGUCCUCAACCGGCACCUCCCACGGUUCACUCCUCUCCUCUGGAAGCACGCACAGCUCCGUAUCUGUGCGGACGGCGGCGCGAACCGACUGUAUGAUGAAAUGCCGCAGCUGUUUCCCGAUGAAGAUGCUGCAGAGAUUCGCAAAAGGUAUAAGCCAAAUUCAAUAAAAGGAGACAUGGAUUCAGUUAGGAAAGAAGUUUUGGGAUUCUACAAAGAUAUGGGAACCGAAGUAGUUGAUGCAUCGGACGAUCAGGACACCACAGAUUUACAUAAAUGCGUCGCAUAUAUUCAAGAAAUGCCCAAUCUGAAGAAUCAAGAACUUUGUAUUCUUGUUGCUGGUGCCCUUGGUGGAAGGUUUGACCAUGAGGUUGGAAAUAUCAAUGUUCUGUGCCAUUUUCCAGAUAAGAGAAUCGUUCUUCUAUCGGAUGAUUGCCUCAUCCAACUCCUUCCUUGCAGUCAUCGUCAUGAGAUUUAUAUACAGCCAGCCAUUGAAGGACCUCAUUGUGGGCUCGUACCUAUCUGUGGACCUUCGAAAAGUAGUACAACCACAGGACUUAAGUGGAAUCUCACUGAAACGGAAAUGAGAUUCGGUGGACUUAUCAGCACAUCAAAUAUCGUAAAAGGGGAAAAAGUAACUGUGCAAGCCGAUACCGACCUUCUAUGGACUAUAUCCAUCAACAAGGAAGGCAUGCUGGCGAGUGGUUCAUAUUGA